CCCACAAAAAUGACACGCGGGAGAUGUUUACUAACCGGAUCUUUCCUCAGUGUACCCGAACUAAAAACAUGUUCAAAAGACGGGAGCUCCGAAAGUUUGAAAAAUAAAAGAGGGCUUCAAGCAUUUGCAACAUGCAAGAAUUCCCCACGAGAAUCAGACUCACUUCCCUGAAAGUUCUGGGGACUUGUAACUACAUGGGGCCUCAGAUAAAGGUAAGUCCGUUGUUAAAAUAAAGGGGCAGCUUCACUGGUUUCGUAGGCCAAAGCGUCCGUAACCAGCGGCGGCCUUGAGAAUUUGGGGGCGCCCACUGUAUUCAGUAAGUUCCAUGCACCGCGUGCCCUUGCCCUGCUGUUUCGCAGCCAGCCUUAAAAAAUUGCUAGUAGUAGUUGGUGGCCAAGAACAGCAAAGCCUCUGUAUCUAGUAGACCACAACUGUGUCCCAAUCAAAUCAAACUAACCGCUUCCAGUCAUGUGCCCUUGCUCUGCAUAUAUAUAGAAUGAUAUCCUCCUGCACAUUCUUGGCUCCCAAAACACUCACCAUUGAUCAGAAUUUCAGAUUUCUUGGCAAAUUCUGGGAGACAUCAAGCCAGCCAGGUGCUGCUGCUCGAGUACUAAUCCACGGCGGUGGGCAUGGAGAGGCAGGCCUUGAACGGCAAUGGCGAGGGCAAGAGCGCGAGCCGGCGGAGCACGCGGUUCAAGGAGGAGAAUGAGUACGUGGAGGUCACGCUCGACGUCAGGGGCGAUGACGCUGCGGUGACCAUCCAGAGUGGCGACAUGUCGUCGGCAGAGGCAGCGCUCCUGGGAGAGAAGCCGACGAUGCCGAUACCCGGCCCGGGCGGCUUAUCGUCGAGGCUGAAGGCUGAGCAGAGGCCGGCGUCCUCCGUGGGCCAGCGCCGGCUGGAGAGGAGCAUGACCGGCGCGGCGCGGGCGCUGAGGGGCCUCCAGUUCCUGAACCAGAGCAUGGUGACGCAGGGCUGGCCGGAGGUGGAGAAGCGGUUCGAUCGCCUCGCCGUUGACGGCCUCCUCCUACGGUCACGCUUCGGCCAGUGCAUCGGGAUGGUCGGGUCCGAGGAAUUCGCGGCGCAGAUGUUCGACGCGCUUGCACGGCGAAGAGGGAUCAUGGCUCAGGUGCUGACCAAAGAUGAACUCCGGGAGUUCUGGGAGCAGCUCUCGGAUCCAGGCUUUGAUGCCAAGCUCCAGACUUUCUUUGACAUGGUUGACAAGAAUGCAGAUGGUCGGAUCACGGAAGAGGAGCUUAGAGAGGUCCUUACUCUGACGGCCUCCGCGAACAAGCUCACCAAGAUCCUCGAGCGCGUCGAGGAGUACAGCUCCUUGAUCAUGGAAGAGCUUGACCCCAACCAGCUUGGCUACAUCGAGAUUGCAACCCUGGAGUCACUGCUGCUACUGCCCCCUUCCCAGGCACCGACGAGCCUGGCGGCCCACAGCUCCAACAUCAGCCAGCUCAUCAGCCAGAGGCUCGAGCCAUCACGGGACCAGAACCCGCUCCGGCGUGGGCUCACGGCGGCGCGCUACUUCUUGGAGGACAACUGGAAGCGUGUCUGGGUCAUGGCAUUGUGGCUGGCAAUCAACGCCGUCCUCUUCACCUGGAAAUUCAUUGCCUACCGGCGCCACCCGACGUUCAAUGUCAUGGGCUAUUGUGUUUGCGUCGCCAAGGGCGGCGCCGAGACCACCAAGUUCAACAUGGCCGUCAUCCUCCUCCCAGUGUGCCGCAAUACCAUCACCUGGCUCCGGUCCCGAACCAGGCUCGGCGCCGCUGUGCCGUUCAAUGACAACCUCAACUUCCACAAGGUUGUCGCGGCAGGCAUGGCUGUUGGCGUGGCGCUGCACGCGGUAACACACCUGACGUGCGACUUCCCGCGCCUGCUCCAUGCCAGCGACGAGGCGUAUGAGCCAAUGAAGCGCUACUUCGGGCAAACGAGGAUCCCAGACUACUGGUGGUUCGUCAGGGGCGUGGAGGGCAUCACCGGUGUGAUCAUGGUGGUGCUGAUGGCCAUUGCCUACACGCUGGCGCACCCACGGUUCCGCCGGAGCAAAAUGGGCGAAAGCAACCCGCUCAGGAGGCUCAGCGGGUUCAACAUGUUCUGGUACUCGCACCACCUCUUUGUCUUCGUUUACAUCGCCUUUGUCGUCCAUGGCGUCAGCCUCUACAUCAAUCGGACAUGGUACAAGCAGACGACAUGGAUGUACCUUGCCAUCCCCGUCUUGCUGUACGCCAGUGAGCGCAUCCUUCGAGCGCUUAGGUCUCACGGCUUCACCACAGUUAGGAUCGAGAAGGUCGCGGUGUACCCAGGCAAUGUGAUAGCUAUCCACAUGAGCAAGCCCCAUGGCUUCAAAUACAAGAGCGGGCAGUACAUCUACGUCAACUGUGGCGAGGUCUCGCCCUUUGAGUGGCACCCCUUCACCAUUACCUCGGCUCCCGGUGACGACUACCUCAGCAUGCACAUUCGGUGCCGGGGCGACUGGACGUCCAGAUUCAGAGCCCUCUUCUCCCAGAUCUGCAAGCCUCCAGCAGUGGGGCAGAGCGGGCUCCUGAGGGCUGACUUCAUGUCCAUGGAGCACCAUGCCAGGUUCCCAAGGCUGCUGAUCGACGGUCCAUAUGGCGCGCCAGCACAGGACUACCGCAAGUACGACGUGCUCCUCCUCGUCGGCCUCGGCAUCGGCGCCACGCCGCUCAUCAGCAUCGUCAAGGAUGUCCUCAACAAUAUCCAGAAGCAGGAACAGCCCAGUCAUGCCUCUGACAACGACGACAAGGUGUUCAUGACAAAGCGGGUGUACUUCUACUGGUGCACGCGGGAGGAAGGGUCCUUUGAGUGGUUCCGCGGCGUGAUGAACGAGGUGGCGGAGCGGGACGCUGCCUCUGCUGUGGUGGAGCUGCACAACCACUGCACGAGCGUGUACGAGGAAGGAGACGCCCGGUCAGCACUGGUGGUGAUGCUGCAGGCGCUCCACCACGCCAAGAGCGGCGUUGACAUCGUUUCAGGGACCCGCAUCCGGACGCACUUUGCACGCCCGUGUUGGCGGGACGUCUUCAAGCGCGUCGCCUGCGAUCAUCAGGGCCAGCGUGUGGGGGUCUUCUACUGCGGUGACCAAAGGGUGACGCCGGAGCUGCGGCAGCUGUCGCAGGACUUCUCACACCGGACAAGCACCAAGUUCGUCUUCCACAAGGAGAACUUCUGAGAUGGAUCUGCAAAAGCAAUGCAGGGGAGGAGGAAUGUACAUAUAUAGACAAUGUAGUAUUUCAAAGUUCUUUUAUGGUACACUUGUUGGCUUCUUGCUGUCAGUUUGACAUCAUUUGACUCUUUCUUCUUCUACUCUAGGUGUUGGUGAAAGUUGUGAUGAUUAUAAUGACAUGAAAGUAUUUUGAUGCUAAAUCUAUAGUAUCAUUUUUGUCUUGCAGAUC